CGCUGAUGUACCAAACGCAUGACGAAUUCAAAUCUGAUUCCUCGCCGAAGAGGCUCUUGGUUAGUGUUUCAUUACCUCUGUUGAAGGGCUUGAAGAAAUUGGAUGCAGAUUUUUCAACUCCAGUUGUACACGCUUACUCUUUGCACGCUGUUUGGAUAAGGUACUUUAAAAGGGCACGUGGAACGUAUUGGAAGAACUAAGAGAUGAAUAUCUGCGCCCUCCUUCUCCUUUUGAUCGGCCUUGUAUGCGCCCAAGACCACGGUGACCAUGGCGAUCACGAUCAUGCGCAUGAUCACGGAGAUCAUGAUGAAGGUCACGAGGGUCACGACCAUUCGGAUGAAAACUUCAGGAUAACUACAAUAGAUAGUCAACCCUUUUACUCAGUUGUGUCUAAUAAGGAGUCCGGAUACGUCAUUGACUUAAUCAAAGAGCUGCAACACGUCAUGGGUGAAUUUAGGUACAGCAUCACUGAGUCUCCUGAUGGCAAGUAUGGAUACCUAGAGAAUGACCGCUGGAAUGGUUUGAUAGGGCAGCUCGUCAAUGAGGAUGCUGAUAUCGCUAUUGCAGAUCUGACAGUAACACCAAUGCGUGGAAAUGCUGUUGUUUUUUCUGAUCCAUUCAUGGAAUUCGGCCUUGCAAUUCUCAUAAAGAAACCAUCCAACGGUGAAAUAGAUAUCAAGACAUUUGCAGACCUCGUCAACCAAGCAGAAGACGGUAUUAAGUACGGUUCUAUCCGAGGUGGCAGUGUCGACAAAUACAUAGAAUCGAGUGAUGAUAGAACUGUGCAGGAAGCAGCCAGAUGGAUGCGUUUGAAUUCCGAUGAUGCUUACGUCAGUUCUACUGCUGACGGUCUGCGUAAAGUCAGACAAGGCAAUUAUGCAUUUAUUGUAGAAUCUCCUUCCGCUGAAUACUACGCCCAUCAGGAACCUUGCGAUCUGACAGAGAUAGAGUUCCCAGGUGGAAAUUUCGGACGAUAUGCUCUUGCCUUUCCCAAAAACUCUCGACACGUGUUACAUUUCAAUGAAGCCAUACAAUCCCUAAAGGACAAUGGUCAUUUGCAACACUUGCACCACACUUGGUUUCAUAAGACAUGCGACAGCCAUUCUCACGAUCAUCACGAAGGAAAUUCUCACGACCACGAUCAUGAUCACGAUCAUGCAAGUGGUAGUGCUGAAAACACUACUCAAGAAUCUACAGAUGGCGCAGCUUCAAUAUCUACAUCAGUCUCAUUGCUAGUUUCAUUGAUACUUAUCACUGCCAACUUUAUUUAAUUGAAAUAUCUAUUUUCAAUCUUAAACUGAACAUAGCAGGCCAAAUGCCAAAUUUAGAAAUCCCAUGUAAACCAAUAUUGAACAAUGUGCGUGGCCUCAGAGGCGAAAGGCCCUGUGUUUACCUAGACUGAACUCAUUAGAACCCCAUUCCUCAUGUGAUGCGUUACCUCUCGAUGUCCCAUUGGUGUAUGUUGGACUUUUAUGGUACCAACUGUGGUACUGCUGAAAUACUACCGCACUUGGUAGAGCACUCACUUGAUAAUAUGGACUAUGGACUUAUUGUAAAUAUCAAUCCCGGACGUAUGUUCUUAUGUAAAGCUGUAACUAAACUGGUGGAAAUUCUAGCUGUGAAAGUGAUACUUAUAUGUUUCCUGACAUCUGAAAAAGUACUGUUAUAGACUAUUAUUUGCCAUAGAGCUAUUUCCCUCAGACUGAUAUUUUCAAUAAGAUAGUAAUAUCUAUUGAAUUGAGCAAAUCAAAGACAUGCCAUCCUUGUUUUAGAUUUAAAGAGAUAAAAUUUAAUUUUUACUGAAUUUUUGAACUUUUAAAGAAAAACUUUAUUUUCUUAACUUGUUAUCAGGUUAUAAUUUAGCCAAUUUAGUGACUGUAUUCAAAACCUGACUACUUGUAAGGUUGGUGUAUGAAGGAAUAAAUCUCCUGACAGCCAUGUUACAAAUGUAGUCAAAGCAAGAAAAUGCAGGGCGCAUGCAGCAAUCACCUAGUAUGUUUUAACACCCCAAUGAUACCCCGGGAAUGAUACUCAGAUGUAU